ACCUUGUGAAACAGGAAGUGAAGUGCAUUUCGCUCAGCGUGUGGGAAGACGGAGGGAGCGAUCAGAGGGUUUCAGACGGUUUCUCUUGCUGCUGAUGGUCUACCUGAUCAUGGAUCUGCUCUGGAUGGUCCUCCCGGUGUUUGUGGUUUGUGCCGAGGCCAAGAACCUGACUGAGGUUAAGGUGGAACUGGGUCAAAACGCCACCUUAAACUGCUCUGUGGACAAGCCAAUGAUCUACUGGUACAUGGAGGUCCACAGCCAUUUCAGAGUGCGCAUCACCCGCUCGAUCAGCAGUGGUACUCAUGAUCAAAGCUGUAUUGAUAACAUCACAGACAAAUUCGUAUUCGUCCCCAAAACUCUCGUGAUCACGAACAUCACAGCAGACGACUGCAGGCUUUAUUACUGUGCUGUAAGGGAAGGAGACCAGAUCAAGUUUGAAGAGGUCUUCCGUGUUGUCUCAUGUGUUCCUAUGACUCCGCCCACCGACGACUCCAAAGACAAACACCAACAGCAGCAGCACAGCUUGAGUCUGUGGCAAAGUGCGCCCGUCGUGUACAGCUCACUCAGCCUCAACGCACUCCUCUUAGUGCUUAUAGGCUCAGUUUCUACAUUCCUGUCUCUGAAGAGGAAGAACCAUCAGCUGAACGACGCGUCACAUUUCACUGAUGAGAACCUCGAGAUGCUGGAAAGACCUCAGAUACACAAACUGCAAUACUGCACAGCUAGUACUGCGAGUGGUACUUUUAGUGUUGUUAACUACUGCUGCUAGUUACUCUUACUGCUCAUGCUACUCUGUGCUACUUCUACUUCCUGUACUAUCGAUAGUACUGUUCCUGUGCUGUACCCAGGAGUCCUGCUGUGUGUUUCAGUACGAGGAGAUCCAUCUCCCACCCUGCAGACCCUCCCCUCCUGCAGAGUGUAUUUACUACAAAGCUCAGCUCCCUCUGUCCACACCGCUGCAAAACAAAUAUCCUGGACAGCCAAUCGGUGUUUCCAGCACUCGCCGAAACGUAUUAAACGUCAGCCUAACUGCUGUAUUUACCAACACACAUUUCAGCUGCCAGUAAAGGAAUAUCUGAUUGAUUUAUUGCAUGAAGAAUCAUAUUGUGCACCUGUACAAUAAACUGCAGACUGAAGUUUGUUUUGUUCUUCAAUAAAAAGUUCAGGUAGAAAA